AAAUAAGCAUGGCUUAUCAAAAGUUGGAAGAGGGUCGCGGCUGCCUAAUCUUGGUAGAAAACAUUCUCGAUGUCCAAUCAAACAUCACGUAGCCAACACCACCAAGCUUCAACAAGACGAUGAUCUUCACUUGAGAUUCUGUAUUAAAGCAGUCCUGUCGAACGACUCAAUUCCAGACUCAAUAGCCUACUCUUAAAUCCUUGGGCGAACACAGAACGUAUUCUAGUGUCUCGAAACUCGCACCUUACCAUGGCAGACAGCGCUCCCAGAGAAGCUGAGGCGGAACGCCGCGAGGCUCUCGACAUCCUUGACGCAAAAGCCUCUCGAUUAGUAGAGCAAAUCAAGAAGAGCAAGCAUUUCAUCGCCUUCACCGGUGCAGGUAUCUCCACCUCUGCAGGAAUCCCCGACUUCCGCGGACCCGAAGGUGCUUGGACACUCAGAGCCCAGGGAAGGCAGAGAACCGGCAAGACGACGAGCACACUCCAAGCCAUCCCUACGCAGACGCACAUGGCGCUCGUUGAGCUGCAGGACCGAGGCAUCUUGAAGUAUCUUGUCAGUCAAAACUGCGACGGCUUGCAUCGCAAGAGUGGGAUUCUACCCGAGAAGAUUUCCGAGCUUCAUGGCAACAGCAACCGCGAGUAUUGCAAGGAUUGCGGCAAAGAGUAUCUUCGAGACUUCCGCGCCGUGGCAACUUACGAAAAGACGGUCCGCGAUCACCGCACCGGCCGAAAAUGCGCAGUCUGCAACGGCACCCUCCUCGAUACCAUCAUCAACUUUGACCUCUGCCUCGCCCUGGGCUCGUCCCUGACGGUGCCGCCGGCAUGCACGAUCCCCGAGACCGUUGGGAAGAAGAAGCGUACCAAGACGAACCCCGCUGGCGGGACUCUCGUGAUUUGCAACCUGCAGAGCACGCCGCUUGAUCACCUGAGCGAGUCGCUGCGGUUUUGGGCCACGACGGACGAUUUGAUGGUCAGGGUUAUGGAGAAGCUGGAUAUACCUAUUCCUAGUUUCGUGCUUCGUCGUAGGUUGGUCAUGGAGGUUGAGAUGACUGCCGAGGAGAGGUAUCAGAUUACGGCGAGGGGCGUCGACGUGGACGGUACACCUGCGACGUUCCUGCAGUCUGUCAGAAUGCAGGGUAACAGGCGCGUCGCAAGGACCGAGCCGUUUACCAUCCCGUUCCGGGGCGAGCUGGCUGCUGAAGGGGAGGUGAAGGUGGAGCUGGAGUUUAUGGGGCACUAUGGCGAGCCCAAUUUGGAGAUUGCGAUGGAGUACAACGGCGAGGAGAAGCUUGAGAGGAUGUAUCUGCUCGAGUAUGAUCCUUCGAUUGGGGCGUGGACAGUCAGUAGACAAGAUGAUGGAACUCUUGCUGGGCGGGGUGGCACUGCCGAGACAGAUGAGGGCAUGGAGGAUUCGCUGAUGAUCUCGGCUGAGGAGGCGGGUGUGCCUAGCCAUAUCAUUGCUUCUUCUGCGGCCAGCGAGAUCAUCGACCUCACAUCACCAUAAGUCAGUGCGAUGUUCAAAAGCAACGCACACGGAGGAAUGAUAUGCGCGCUUGCAAAUGCACAUGUUCGCCAUUGGCUCCGGUAGACCGACAAGACUCCUCGACUUUUCCUGUAUUGAGGACCUUGUAUUCUAGGCGGCCCACAGAAUUUGAAGCUUUUGCUGCUCAGGUUUUUGAAAAGUGAUGUCUUGACGAGAAUUAUUGAGUCACUUGCUAGGUCUUAUGUGAAUCGCAAGGUUGUUACACCUUGUUGAACUGAGGACCGCGUGGC